UUUCGUUUUGUGCUGACACGCAGACAGUACAACGUCAACGUGUGCUCUGGUGAAAUAAAAAAAUUGUUAAACUGCAUAUUUCCGAAGAACAAAAUCUCACUUUUUGUUUUACGCUGCAUAGAUUUAGUUGUACACUUAAGCAAUAUUAUCUUUAAGUUGUGGUUCUUAUUAAAAAGAUUUAGCUAACCUUUAUUGGGUUUCGUGGCAGUGACUUCAUACUGAGCUGCAAAACGCAAUGGCCAACGUUGCUAAGAAAGAACUCUCAGAGGAGGCUGAAGCUGCUAUUUCAGUGCUUCGAGCUUUAGUUUCCUCCAAAAAAGGAGCGUCUACCGUGCAGAGCAUAUUGAAUGAUUAUCGUGAACUGGAAGGUGGGCCGCUCAUGUACAGGAAAUUUGGUUUCGCCAAUGCCGACGAUUUCCUUAAAUCAACUGGGGAAUUCAUCGUGCAGAACAGGAUGGGCGAGACCGUUGUAUUCGUCAAACCUAGCAAGGAAUCAGCACAUAUUCUCAAAAUGGUUGCAGCACAGAAGGGUACGAAAACUAGAAAGUCAGGAUUUUCAAUUCUGCGGCAGCCACAGAAACGAACGGGAGGAAAUAAUUGGAACCCGAGUGCAUAUAACAAAAUGUAUUCCCAAAUGCCGAACAAGAGAAGAUAUCUCCCACAAUCUCAAACCCAGUACCAACAGCGAUACAACAAUACAAACAAUCCUUUGAAGCCGUUCUUUCAGAAUUCUGCUACAAACUGGUCGAAUAACAUUCGUUACAAUAUCCCACAUAACAACAGCAACGGUAAUCCGCUUAGGCCUCUAAUGUCACUCAAAAUUGUGCCACCGUCAACACAAAAUAACAAGUUCCACAAUGCUCAACUAAAUCAGACCAGUCAACGGUACAGCCGAAUCGAGCCAAAUAAUAAUAACUCCACUGCCAAAAACUUUAACAAGAACACGCAAAGCCCUACUAAACCGAACCAAGCGACGCUUCUUUCAAAUGAUCUGCGACACAAACUCAACGAACGAGGUCCUCAGCAGUAUCAGAGACAGUCUUCUGCAUUGGAAUUACAAAAUCGACUUAAUCAACAAGAGCCGGUUCGGUUGACAGAGCAUGGAAAUGAUUCGAACAGCUUUACUCCAAUGAAAUCUUCAGUUAAAGAUGCUACUCAGAAAGUGAUGUCUGAUGUCAUCGUUAGUAAUCAGAUUCAUCCGACACACAUGGCACCUGCUGUACAGUCAACAGAGGAAAAUCGGAGCGUAAAUUCCAGACUACAAGUGACGAAGGAUGUAACACCUACAUCGCCUCCUACUCCAGAAAUGACCAAGGUUUAUCCUGUAUAUGAUGUUACGAUGCGUGUUGAUAUUCAUCCGAACAGUAUACCAUCUACGCCAACUUCCGUGGUAUCUACAAUAACUGCUCCCAAAACAGUGCAAGAUCGACUCAAGAUACACCAGCAAGUUGAUAGCUCAGAUUUGGAAAAAGCGGCUAGAGUAGUUGCUCCGCUUUCACCUGCACUUAAACCAGCUGAUUUGGACUCCAAGUCCCCGACGCCUGUUCCAUUAACACCACCUGCUGCAACGAAUCCAAAUCGUCCGAAAGAACCUUUUAACUGGAAUCAACCGUUGGCGACACCGGUAGAGAUGUUGUAUAAAUAUGCAAAGUACAACGAUCUUCCUCGACCCAUGUACACGUACUUCAAAUUGAGCAACAUGCGUAUACAAUGCCGCGUAAUGGUGAACGGUUCAACAUACUCUACAUAUCCGGAAGAUAUCGCCAACGAGUUCGAGGGUCAAUUUACCGCAGCCCAAAUUGCUAUCGAGAAUAUCAAACGUGAUGAAGAGCGAAAUAAUUAUUCCGUUUGUCUCGAUUCGGAUUACGAAAUCGCUACAAAAAUCCACGAGCUGUUGCUUCAGUAUCCUCACGGAAUGUUCACCAAAAAUAUUCCCGAAGCUUUCAGGAAAGCACAUCAAGUGUUGCUACCGGAUCACUGGGAAUUCAUCAUUAUGUCACACACUCAUAUGUUCUCCAAGGAGGAAACAAUCGUGUUUGCCAAUGUUUGCGAAGAAAAUGGUUCCAAUAAUUCUUCGCCUUCGAUCACUUCGGAAGCAAAAAGCAUGGCUGCUAAUGUGCUCCAACUUCCGUGGAGCGAGCAGUACUGGAAUCUAUACAUUACUAAUCCGGUUUCAACAGUGGAAAUAUGGGCGCGACUUGUUGGUCCUCAAUUUAGUGACCGAAUGGACGCACUUAUAACGGAUAUAGAGCUAAGCAUGAUGGGCGAUGAUAAGCGCAAGCCUAAAACCGUUGCAGUCGGAGAGUACUAUUUGGUGUCCACCACUGAUUGUUGGUAUCGCGUACGAGCUGAAGGGAUCGAUUUCGGAAGUAAUUACUGCAUUUGCUUUUUCAUUGACAUCGGCGAGUGGGAACGCGUAGCAUUGGAUGAGAUCUAUGUGUGCGAUGCAAAAUAUUUGAAACUGCCAGGACAAUCAGUGUGUUUCACCCUAGAUGGCCUCGAAGAUUUCGGCGAAAACCCGAAAGCAAAAUCACACCUGGAUAACUUGAUCAGCGGAAAGGUAUGCAUCGGCGAAAUUCUUACUCAGAGAAAAGAGUAUGAAAAAGAUGGUGUGGGUAGUUUCGGUGAUGUCCGAAUCAAAAUGAUUCUGUACGAUACUUCAUCUGACGAAGACGUUAACUUGAACCCGGUGAUAUUAAAACAUAUUUGUGAUGAUACACCUGUGCCAGAAUUGAACCGAAAAGGCGUAACCACAGUGAUCGUCACGCACGUCGAUGAUUCCGGUGAUGUAUACUGUCAGCUCAAAGAUGACGCAAUGGUUUACAUACAGAAACUCAUAAACAAUUUGGUAAAGUCGAACGCAUUGGAUGGGACACAUCGUGGCCUUUACAAAGUAAAAUCCGCUGAACAGCAAUUGUACUUGGUACAAGACGAAAAGGAUAAACGAUGGUAUCGGGCGUCAUUGGAGGCAGAAGAAUCUGGUCCGUUUUGCCGAAUGCUGUAUGUUGACAUAGGGGCCAAAAAGUCUGUCAACGUUUCGAACAUUUAUCGUUUGGAAACGUUGAGUGUUGCUCUAAGCCGUUACCCUACCCAAGCCGUCAGAAUGAAAAUGUUUGAUAUUCCUGACGUAACUGACUACCUGCUGUCUAGGAUGCGCGUUCUACUAAAAACGGGACUUACUGCUAUGGUUAAGUUGGCUGCCUUGUCGAUCAUACCUUUGGUAAAGAUCUACAUGCACCUCGAGCAGAAUAAUAUACUGGUUUGUGUCAACGAUAGUAUUCGAUCAGAGAUGGAAUUGGAAAUAGGUUCAGAAGUGAUUAGUAACCCACGAAUCGCUGCAUAUGAAAGUAGUAACACAUCGAUCGGCAGUUCUGUCAAGUUAAAUACGAGCUUUGUAACAGACUACUCCAUUGAAAGUUGUGAAGCAGCAGAGCUGUCCAAAAGUUUCAGAGGACUUAAUAUUGAACAACGUAAGCUUAGCAGCCCAGUUCCAUCGCAGGUAACUCCCAAGUUGGCAAAAUAUCCUCUGCCAGCUGUUGGUGAGUUGUUUGGUGUAUUUGUUACAAUCGCCUCCAAUCCUAACUAUUUCAUUGUGCAACCAUAUAUGCACGCAAAAGAAUUGAACCAAAUGAUGGUCGAUUUACAAGCAUACUGUAAAACCAAAGCACAACCCGUGCCGAAGGAUAGUGUUCAGCAGGGAGAAGUGUAUGCAGGUUACAAUACCGAUGAUGGUCACUGGUAUAGAGUUUUGGCGGUUAAUAUUCUGUGUGGACCCAUCCAUGUCUACUUUUGUGACUUUGGGCAAAUUCGAGUUGUGGACAGUGAAUCAUUGCGAAUUCUUCCUCCCCAAUCACGCAUUCUUCCGCAGCAGGCCGUGAAAGCUAAAUUACAUGGUAUCCAACCCCUACACGGCGACUGGAGCACGGAGGACGCAGUUCGAUUCCAGCAAAUUACCGUUGAUAAGAAAUUUGCUAGUUACAUCUGCAAUAUUCUAACUGACGAAAUUAAUCCAAAUGAGGAAAUCGUUGAUUUAAUGUUAAUUGACGUUUCGACUGACGAGGAUAUUUUCAUACACAAGAUUUUGGUAGAUGAGAAACGGGCUGUGUUGACCGGUAAGUAGUUGGAAUCGGUUACACUAGCUGAAACCGGCAUAUGAUAUGCAGUAAGGCCAAAAUGUAACCGUUGUGUCAAGCGGAUCGGAAAGAAAAUAAGAAUUAUUGUUAUUAUUUUUCUUUAUAUUCAAUCUAACGCAUCGCUUUGUUAAAAGCGCGCACUAAGGCGGUAGGCUGAGUGUUCAUCCACACUUGUGUCCAUAAGGUUAGCUCCAGUGACUGCUUUACAAAACUGGCGCAAGGAAAGAUAAAGAAAGAGGAACAGUUUUGACGCUCUUAUUUGAUGGUCAAAUAGAUAAUGUGUGAUGGAAAAUUGCGUUGGAUAGUAUAAUAAAUAUUACCUUUCCAGGGUAUGUAUAAUAUUGUAUCAAAGCAGUACACUUUACAGAUUCUACAUUCUGCUUUGGUAACUUGAAGAAAGCAGACUGCUUAGAAUGACGAAAAUUCUAAACCAAUAAUCAAUGACAAAUGUAAAAUUGAAACACAAUUAAAAAAAGAGAGAAAAAAAAACAUUUACUAUGUCUAUUGUAAUAAAGAGUCCUAUGCGUUAAAUGGUAUCCCGUUUGGUUUGUUAAAGUUUGAAAUGAAAAAGUAUACUGUAUUCUGAGAGCAGCUUCAAACACAGGGAAAACAUUAUCUUGACAUUUUUUUUCGUAACAUACAUUUGACGUGAUAGGAACUGAGAUAUUUUCAUUUUGAAACUUCUUAUCUGGCAUAAGGACGUUUGAUAUACUGGACAUUUGGCAUAACGGACAUUUGGCAUAACGGACAUUUUCACACAUGAGCAGGUCUUCCGAAGUCUUUAAUUACCAUGGAAGAACGUAAUUUACCUUGACAAUCAGGCUAACGCCUUGUUGCCCUCUGCUGUCCGAAGAAAUCGUCUCUACUCUACUCGAUCCACGUCGCCAGCAUCGUAGUCUCCGAAGGGUCUGCAGAUCGCCUUCUACUUGGUCGAUUCACCUUGCCCGCUGCGCGCCUCUUCUUCCAGUUGGGUCACUUUUGAGAACUAUUUACAGGGGCGUCGUCCGGAAAUGGAAGAACGUGGAUAUUGUGUAAGAACGAGCAGCAAUUAAAAGAAGGAACAAUCAUAUAUUGUAAAUUAACUCUCAAAAACUUUCAAACAUAUAUCGAAUAAUACAAAUUAUGCCAAGUGUCCAUUAUGCCAAAUGCACCAGACCUGUCGACAUUUUGUCUUUUUGACUUUUUGCCAUGUCUUUGAUCUUGAGUCCCGCAGACUUUUU